CCGUUACACUACUUACUUUUUACAUCGACAAUUUACAUAGUAUAAUAACCCGGAGAACUACACACAUUCUAAAUGUUUGUAACAAAUCUUUCAUGACGAGACAGGAAUGCGUUUACUAUCGUUUAUUGAUUUAUUUCACAUUAUUCAUGAUGACUUGACACCCUAACAGCAAUUCGACCUGGUAUAUCAAACAAUGUUUGGAGGAACACAGUCAUCCAGACUUACCUUUGUCUUCGGCCUUGCCUUUGGAUUAGGGAUAUCAUUCUUGUUAACCUGUUUCACGUCAUUAACGUCAUUCAGGAAGACAAUAUACCAUACAUCAAACACAUUCAGAUCGUUUCUAGAUACUCAGUCGUUGAUGCAAGUGACGACAAACGAAAAGGAUAUGCAUGAUAUAAUGGACAGAAAUAUAAAACCUAUAAAGUCCGUAUUAUUCAAUGAUAGCCAUUUUCAUCAAGAUGAUAACUCUUUAGCGAAGGACCUUGAAAAGAAAAUCCGAGUAUUGUGCUGGGUUAUGACCUGCCCACAAAAUUUAGAUAAAAAAGCUAUACAUGUAAGGAAAACAUGGGCUAAAAGAUGCAACAUUCUUAUUUUCAUAAGUUCCGUUACAAAUACUAGUUUCCCUACUAUUGGAGUGAAUGUAUCAGAGGGACGGGAACAUUUGACUGGUAAAACUAUGCAAGCUUUUAGAUACGUAUAUCAACAUUAUAAAGACAAGGCUGACUGGUUUAUGAAAGCAGAUGAUGAUACUUAUGUCAUACUAGAAAAUCUGAGAUAUUUUUUGAAUGAUUACAAAACUACUGACCCCAUUUAUUUUGGACAUCAUUUUAAAACAUUCGUAAAACAAGGUUAUUAUAGCGGCGGUGCCGGUUAUGUGUUGAGUAAAGAAGCUUUAACUAGAUUAAUAACAAAAGGGAACGACCCACGAAUAUGUCGUAAAGACGGUGGUUCAGAGGACUUAGAACUUGGAAAAUGUAUGGAGAAUCUUGGUGUUAAAACUGUCAAUUCAACGGAUGCAUUAGGAAGAAGCAGAUUCCAUUGCUUUGAUCCAGAAACUCAUUUAUUCGGUAUAUAUGGGGAUUGGUAUUACCAAUAUGACGCCAAUGGCGCUAAAAAGGGAACAGAAAGUAUAAGUGACUAUGCCAUAUCUUUUCAUUAUGUGCCUCCACAGAAAAUGUACGCAUUAGAGUUUUACAUAUACCAUUUACGUCCAUACGGAAUAGAAUCAGGACAUCAACAUUUAAAUAUGCACAAUGGACAUUGAUUGAUUUAGCCGAGUUAAUUUUAUGGACCGGAAUCAAAACGUUUUGGCAAUAGCAUAACAUUGGUCAAGUAACAAUGUCGUAUUGGGUAAAUACAAUUGAGUUAACCAACGAACUAGUAACUCGUCAGAAGUAAUUUACAGCCGCUUUUAGUGUACACUUGAUUGACCAUUGACCGAAGUUCAGGGAUUUGAUCUUCUUGGGUUGAACUGCAAAAAUUGAAUAUAUCAAACCGUAUAAACUCUUAAUUAACAGACGAACCUAAUCGUAUGUCCAUAAAUUAUGCAGUAUUUGUUGAGUGAUGAAAUCGAACACAUGAUUUUCAUACUACACAGUGACUGUUAUUUAUAACUCAUAUUUGUUUCAAGUGUAUUCAAUUCGACGUAGGCAAAUAUUAAACAAUGACAUGUAAU